AUGACCUGGAUUUCGAACCCCCUUUCUCCAGAAGUGCAGCAAGAUGUCGUUUUAGGGGCGACAAUCAACCUAGUUUCUUUACUGUCCGUAGUUCUUCGUCUCUAUGCGCGCAAGAUCACGAAAAGCGGAUGGAAAUGGGACGACUGGUUGCUGGUUGUUUCAACAGUCUUUGCAAAUGCGUUGUUCGUGUUGUUUGGCUUCUUGGUCGCUGGUGGUGUCGGACGCCAUAUUACAGAGCCGUACGUGAGGAUAAACAUGCCAAUGAUGUUGAAGUUGGUUCUAUCGUUUGAAAUAAUAUUUGGAAUCUGCGCUGUAACCACCAAAAUGAGCAUUCUCACCUACUAUCUUCGACUCUUUCCCCACGAAAGCGUCAAGCUUGCAACCAAGAUCACCAUGGCUCUGAUACUUUCCGGAUGGACAUGGAGUUUGUCACAAAUUCUUCUGCAGUGUCGGCCCAUCAGCGCCAACUGGGAUCUCGAUCUCCUACGGACCUGCCCCCUUUGGAAAACAACGUACAUCGCCACGGCAUUCGUAAAUCUGGUUGCAGAUCUAUUAGUUCUCGUCCUACCUAUUCCGCACCUUGCGAAGAUGAACAUAACGCGCCAAAAAAAGGUUGGGGUCAUUGGGUUGUUCACCCUGAGCUGGUCGGUAAGCGUGAUCGCCGGCCUUCGAAUCUACGAAAUGCUGCGGAUAGACUACGACGGUGAUGUCACUGGGACGAGUGAGACGGCCUUGUUCUAUGCCACAUUCGAACCCAACUUCGUCGUCAUCGCUAGCAGCUGGCCGCUGAUUGCGCCCUUGUGGAUGAAACGAUGGGAGGCCAAAAGAAACGCCCGCAUUGCUGCUGCUGCUCCUCCUCGUCCUAUCAUUGUUAUCUCCGAAGAACACCGCGAACCGGACUUUGAAUAG